GUCAAAAACAUUUUAGUUUAUAAAUUCGGGCCUUGCAUCUAAUCUAAUACAAUUCACAAUGCCAAUAUGCUUUGUCAAUUUUAGAAUACCGUUUAUGCUAUGAGACUUUAUUAUAGCUUCCAAUUCCAGCAACUGUAAAAUUACGUUAUGUUAUGAUAUAUUAACAAGAAUAUUAGAAGCAUAAUAAUUAUAUUAAAAGAACAUUAUUUUUUCUUAUUCUUAAUGUCGUGCCCGUUAAGUGUUAGAAUGUACCAUAUUCUUUGGGUUAUAUUGUACAGACUGUGGGAUGUAUCCACGUUAACAUUAAUAUCCAGUAUUAUAGUAUUUUUCCUGUAUGGAUAUUUGAUUGCUUUUUGUGUAUUUAUGGUAGGUUUGUCCGGAAUCCUGUACAAUGCUCAAGACCUGCUAUUAUACUAUCCAAAUGACCCACCAGAAUCCAGAAUGUUCAUCCUCCAACCUAGUAACUUUAAGCUUCCCCAUGAAAAUAUUAAGAUAAACAACAAGGAUAAAUUGAAAAUUCACAUAUUUCUUAUCAAACAACCGACUAACAGCAACCACAUACCAACAAUGAUAUUUUUUCAUGGAAAUGCUGGAAAUAUGGGCCAGAGGUUGUCUAAUGUUUCUGGAUUUUAUCACAAACUAAAAAUAAAUAUUAUGAUGGUGGAGUACAGAGGUUAUGGUUUAUCAGAGGGCACCCCAUCAGAAAGGGGGCUAUACACUGAUGCUCAAUCUGCACUGGACUUAAUGCACAGGACUGACAUUGAUCGCUCAAAGAUUAUUUUAUUUGGCAGAUCAUUAGGGGGAGCAGUGGCUAUAGAUUUAGCUUCCAGGUUGGAGAAUAGAAACAAGAUUUGGGCAUUAGUUGUAGAGAACACAUUCACGAGCAUACCAGACAUGGCCCAGAUCAUUCUCAAGUGGAGGUGCUUGAAGAUACUGCCACUGAUAUGUUACAAGAACAAGUACAUGUCAAUUAACAAAAUUGGUCAAGUCCUAGCACCCACAUUAGUAAUGUGUGGCUCUAAUGACGCUCUAGUGCCGCCCGAAAUGGCAAACCAGCUGUACAUGAGGUGUGGCGCCAUCUGCAAGAAGCUGACCGUGAUGCCGGGCGGCGGGCAUGACAACACGUGGACCUGCAGGGACUACUACUCUUCCAUCCAGCAGUUCCUCGUCAACGUGCCCAUGCUGCCCGCCAGUCUCGGACCGCUUCUUGAUGACGAAGACAACGAUGCCUAUGAUAAUAACGUGACGAGACAGAGCUUAGUGCAUACAGUAUAGUGAGUUGAGUGACUGAGUGAAAAUACCUAUUGUGUACAAAAACGUACUUUUACCUCAAUUUGCAUAAAUUACGCUAACAUGCAAAUUAUUUUUAUAACAUCUUAUGUAUUUUAACUGUACAGAAACUUAAUUAGCACCGCCAUUCAAUCCUUGACAAGAGCACAUAAAUGGUGUUGUAAGUUGAAGUAGGUCUUGCAAAAUAGAUGGAACGUAGUUACGCAAAAACGUUCCAAUCCACAUUAAAUUGUCAUUGAGUUUUAGACCUUGUAUGAAAAACAAAAGACUUUAGUCUUCUUCUCAAAAGUCAAUUUCAGAUGAAUUAGAACCGUUCUGCGUAACUACGUCCCUAUUUUAUCUUUAUGUAAUGUACGGCACUAUGUGCACUAUGUGCCGUACAUUACAAAAUCUAAACCGUUAAAAUUGUAAUGUAGCACAAAUCCAGUUAAAAAGCAAUAUUAAACGCAAGCUUGUCAUUUAAUUUCGAGAAGCAAUAUAUUUCAAGUUAUUUUAAUAGAAUACAAAUAAUGCAAUUUUUGA